CUCCCCACUACGGCCUAUGAUGCUUGUAGAUACGCAUCACAACCCCCACGACGGUCUCCAUGCCUAUGAUGUGAUAGAAAUCGAGAAGGCCAAACUUAAGAAGAAGGAAGACCAGGUCUUGAAAGCCCGAAUCCGACGCCUUCGCCUCAUAAGCCGCAUCCUCGCCUUCCUCGUCAGCAUCGCCGUCUUCAUCCCCAUAACCCUCACCCUCCACAAAUUCCUCACAACCAAAGACACAUUCCGCGAGGCGCCGGGCAAGAAUGGCGCCACAGUGAACCGGAACCCGUGGGCUAAGGACUCCAAAACAUGGCCCACGUAUAUGUACUUUGCCGUCGCGGCUACUGCGCUCGUGCUCAACAUGGUGAUUUUGGUGUCGUACAAAUUCGGCAUCAAGAACGCGAAUAGGGCCGCGUCGAUAUCUACCUUCUUCACCUGGAUCGUUAUGAUCGGGAAUCUGGUUGUCUGGAGCAUAGCCGCGUCGCUGUACAGGUCGGAGAAGAACAAGAACGGGAAGUCGAAUGACCUAUGGGGAUGGACGUGCAGUGCUGCGGCGAGGGAGAUCCAGCAUGUGUUCCAUGAUGACGUGAACUUUAAUAAGUUUUGCAAGACGCAGUCCAUUUCGUUCUACGCAGGGCUGGUUCAAGUUGGUCUUGGUCUCCUCACCAUCAUCACGUAUUUGAUGGUCAUACGGCGGCGGAAGGUGAAGAAGACUGUGGAAGAUAAAGCAAGGUUGCUGGGUGACCAUGACGUUUGGGAUGCAUCACACUGAUGCUAGAUAUCCGUACGUUGAUCAAACACAAGUUUUUUUCUUCAGAGCACU